GGGCUAGGGGUAAGGAGAGGAAUACACGGCGGCCCCCAGCAUCACAAAGCAGGCAUCGUGUGCGGGAGAGGAGCCUGGCCGCUCCCCCCAUCUCUACUGUCCCUCGGAAUAACGAAGCUCAAGGUUCGGACCCAAAUAAUCAGCCGCUGGUGACAGCUCGGGAUAUUGUUGGAGUUAAACCUGUAAUAUAAACCAGAUGACAGGACACCAUGACUGCCACACAAUCCUUUGGCGCUAUUAAAAGGCAAAAGAGGAAUUCUGCAAAUGGAGUUGGCCCAAGUGAGAAGGAACAACUGGGCCAAUGGGGCAGAGCCUGGGAAGUGGAUUGGUUUUCCCUUGUAUCUGUUAUCUUUCUGCUCCUCUGUGCUCCAAUAAUAGUGUUCUACUUUGUGAUGUCCUGUGAUCAGUACCAGUGUGCUCUGUCUGGUCCUCUCAUUGAUUUAUACUCUGGAAAGUCAAGUGUCAGCGACAUCUGGAGUCGCGCUCCAUCAUUCAGCUGGACAGCUGCGAAAAUCUACAUGGCCUGGGUCUGUUUCCAAGUGUUUUUGUACAUGUGCGUGCCUGAUGUUUGUCACAAGUUGCUACCUGGCUAUGUUGGUGGAGUACAAGAUGGAGCAUGUACUCCUGCUGGUCUGAUCAAUAAAUAUGAAGUCAAUGGACUACAGGCAUGGAUUAUUACCCACGUGCUCUGGAUUGCCAAUGCCAACUAUUUUCACUGGUUUUCUCCCACAAUCCUGUUUGAUAAUUGGAUUCCUCUGUUGUGGUGUGCCAACAUUCUGGGCUAUACUGUGGCAACAUUUGCUAUGAUGAAGGCAUACCUCUUUCCCACUAAUACCAACGACUGCAAGUUCACUGGAAAUUUCUUCUACGAUUACAUGAUGGGGAUUGAGUUUAAUCCACGUAUAGGAGCAUGGUUUGACUUCAAGCUCUUCUUUAAUGGUCGUCCUGGUAUUGUGGCAUGGACUCUCAUUAACCUUUCCUUUGCUGCCAAGCAACUCGAGCUGUACAGUCACGUGACAAAUUCCAUGAUCUUGGUGAAUGUGCUGCAGGCCAUUUAUGUGCUGGAUUUCUUCUGGAAUGAAGCGUGGUAUCUGAAGACAAUUGAUAUUUGCCAUGACCAUUUUGGCUGGUACCUGGGUUGGGGUGACUGUGUCUGGCUGCCAUACCUUUACACUCUGCAGGGCCUGUACCUGGUCUACAACCCAGUACAACUCUCAACUCCCAGUGCAAUCGGAGUGCUUCUCCUGGGAUUGAUUGGCUAUUAUAUCUUCAGAAUGACAAACCACCAGAAAGACCUCUUCAGGCGCACAGAUGGAAAUUGCAAGAUCUGGGGCAAGAAACCUGACUACAUUGAAUGCUCCUACUUAUCCAAUGAUGGUAAAAAGCACCACAGUAAGCUGAUGAUCUCUGGGUUCUGGGGCCUGGCUCGCCAUUUUAACUACACUGGGGAUCUCAUGGGUUCACUAUCCUACUGCUUGGCUUGUGGGUUUUCACACCUCCUGCCUUAUUUCUAUAUCAUCUACAUGUCAAUCUUGUUGGUCCAUCGUUGUAUUAGGGAUGAACAUCGCUGCUCAAGCAAGUAUAACAAGGACUGGAGACAUUAUACUGAUGUAGUGGCUUACCGCCUGAUACCUAGAGUGUUUUAGGAUGAUUCACAUCAUCAUUGUACAGUUUUCAGAAGCUCAAUUUCUUCAGCUAAUGAAAGGUUUGCAUCACAAAUUCUGAUUCACAAGUAAAUGUUUUCAUGGGCAUAACAACUCAUUUUCUGAAUAUAAUAGAGGUUUGGUCACAUUCAAAGAAGUGACCCAUCCAAUUUUAACAAUCUUAUCUGGCUUUCUUGAGUAAAAUGACCAAAGUUAGACGAGAGUCUAACCAUUGAUGUAUCAGAAAGGUGUUGACUGAAUGGACAUUAAAUUGCUCCAAAUGAAUUGAUAGGUGUGAUAAAUACCAGCACAAGAUUAGUGCCUGACUAUUUGGUUUUCACCUGUCCUAAUUAUUUUGUGUAAUUUCAUUUUUAAAAUGCUACUGAGAAUGCCAGAAUUUCAAUUUCUGCAAGAGAUAAAUGCUUAAAAUUCAUUCCUGUGCAGUUUUAGCACCGUUGCUAACCCAUUGAUUUUUAAGUGAGUUCAUGAUUAUGGACAGGUAGAAAGACUUGUAUCCUGUAUAUCACUUUUCAUGGCAUCCAGAUGUUACAAACACUUUGAAGUACACUUGCAGUGAAGUCACUGGUUCAAUUUUAAAAAUGCAGCAACCAAUUAGCAACAGGCUCCCACCAACAGCAAAGAUAAUGGUCAGGUGUUGGUCCUCAUAGAGAUGUACAGCAUUGAAACAGGCUCACAGGUCCAACUCGUCCAUGCAAAUUAGACAUCCUAACCUAAUCUAGUCCCAUUUGCAAGUAUUUGACCCAUAUCGCUCUAAACCCUUCCUAUUCAUAUACCCAUCCAGAUGCCUUUUAAAUGUUGUAAUGUGCCAGCCUCCACCAUGUCCUCAGGAGGCUGGAAGAACACAGCAAGCCAGGCAGCAUCAGGAGGUGGAGAAGGGUUACUCCCAAAACGUCAACUUCUCCACCUCCUGUUGCUGCCUGGCUUGUUGUGUUCUUCCAGCCUCCCACUUGUCUACUUGGGGUUCCAGCAUCUGUAGUUUUAUUGUUUCCACCACUCCUUAGGCACUUCAUUUCAUACACGCACCACCCUCUGCAUUAACAUACUUUCCCUUUUGGUCCUUUCUAAAUCUUUCCCCUCUCACCUUAAACCUAAACCCUCUGCCACUACCACCCCCUGGGGAAAAGACCUUGACUAUUCACUCUCUCCAUGCUCCGAGUCAUUUUCUAAACCUCUCUAUAAGGUCACCAUUCAGCCUGAUGAUUUCAAAACAAAUAUUGGCCAGGACAUGAAGGGCAACUCCUCUGAUCACCAAAUGAGCUCUCUUUAACCUGAAUUUUAAUGGUCAAUUCAGCACCACUAUUGCCAGCAAUAGUAAUCAGGUGUCAGGAAAGUAGAACAUCUGCCCAAAAGUCUCUUUAUCUUCUUGAUGCUAUGUUAAGAAAACAAGUUCACACACCAUCAAGCCAAGAUAUAUGCACAGUAAGAAAGCACAACUACAAACACAAUAUGAAAAGGAAUUGGACAUGUGGCUUCUCAAGUCAUUAUCAUUUAAUAUGAUCAUGGUUGAUCUUCUAUCUCAGUUCUAUUCUCCACCAUAACCCAAAAUAAUAUUCCUUGAUUUCCUUAGUGCCCAAACAUUUGUCAAUCUUAAACUUGAAUAUAUACUCAACAAGUGGAUAUCUAUACCUUUCUGUGAUUGGGAAGGUCAUAGAUUUGCAACCCUCUCAGUUUUCUGAUUUGUGAUGUCCAUUCCUAGUCCUAAAUAAAUGACCUUUUAUCCCAAGCCUCCAGCCUCACAGGUCACCUCCCCCAAUUCCCACUGCACCCUAAACCCUCUCACUCUCUCUCUCUCAGAUCGCUUCCAAACAAACCCAACACCCAUCCCACUGCCCACGCCCUCAAUCCUCUCUCACAGGUCUCCUCCACCCAACAAGGAGAAAGUGAGUACUGCAGAUGCUGGAGAUCAGAAUCAAGAAUGUGGUGCUGGAAAAGCACAGCAGGUCAGGCAGCAUCCAAGGAGCUGGACAAUCGACGUUUCUGGCACGUCGAUUCUCUUGCUCUUCGGAUGCUGCCUGACCUGCUGUGCUUUUCCAGCACCACACUCAAGUCCUCCAACCAACUGCAAGUCCCCAUCCCCACCCCACCACCCACGCCCUCAAUCCUCUCUCAGGUCUCCUCCAACCAAACUCCCCCUAUUCUCAAUCCUCUAACAGAUCUCCCCUCCCAAUCACCCCACUCCCUCAAUUCUCUCACUGAUCUCCUCCACCCAACCCCCUGUCACCCCCACCCUCAAUCCUGUCUCACAGGUCUCCUUUCCCAACCACCUGACUUCCUCAAUCUUCUUUGACAGGUCCUGCUACAACCCACCUACUCCCCUCAAUCCACUCUCACAGGUCACACUGAGGGGGGUCACAAUCAUUUUAAUGGGGAAUCACUGGCCUAUGCUUUGGAACAUUCACUCAUCUUUCUUUUUGAAAAAAAUUGCUUUUCCAUUCUUCUUACAUGGGUAAUGUCACAUUUCACCAGGUUAGACUUUGCAUGCACACUCCCAUGCUCACCUGUCUAUAUUUGACAGUAAAAAGUGAGGUCUGCAGAUGCUGGAGAUCAGAGCUGAAAAUGUGUUGCUGGUUAAAG